AGCCGGACGGGGCAGAGCCGAGCGGGACGCGAGCCGAGCAGCACCAUGCUGGGCAUGAUCAAGAACUCCCUGCUGAGCACGGUAGAGGCAUGGCCCAACCGCGUGCUGAGCAAGGGGGAGAAGGAGCAGGUCAGCUACGAGGAGAGGGAGUGCGAGGGCGGGCGGUUUGCGGCGGGGGAGGUGGUGGGAAAGCCGUUCGACGAAGCCUCGAAGGAAGGGGCAGUCAAGCUCCUCAAGUACGUCGGAGGAAGCAACGAUAAGGGUGAGAGAAUGGGCAUGACUGCUCCUGUCUCCAUCACUGCUUUUCCCACUGAAGAUGGCUCCUUUCAGCAGAAAGUGAAGGUCUCUCUGCGGAUCCCAAGCCAGUUUCAAGACAAUCCUCCUUGUCCUACUGAUGAAAGCAUUAAGAUUGAAGAGAGACAAGGGAUGACCAUUUAUUCCAUGCAGUUUGGUGGCUAUGCUAAAGAGACAGAUUACAUAAACUAUGCUGCCAAGCUGAAGGCUGCCCUGGGAAGUGAAGCUGCAUACAGCAAGGAUUUCUACUUGUGCAACGGAUAUGACCCCCCUAUGAAGCCCUAUGGACGACGCAAUGAGGUCUGGUUUGUGAAACAGUGAACAUCUGGCUCCCCAUGGUGCUGUUUUGCACUGAUAACCUCCCCACACUAUGUCCCUGUCCUCUUUAAAAUAAACUAAUAAUUCAGCAGAGGCAGAAAACUAUCAUUCCUCUUCUCCCCACCUAUGCCUUAAUCUUUUAAGGGCCAACCAUUUCAGAAGAACACUGCAGAACCUUCUGAUGGUCCUGCUCCUUCAUUCCAGACCAGGU